UAGUGUUUUCAGAGCGUCUCCCUAGUGAGAAGCGAUUAUUUUUACAUUUCAGUAGUUUUAAGGGUGAAUCCACUAGUUAUGGAUAGAUCCCAAAAAGCUCCAGCAUCCCGUGGGCUCACGCGGAAAAGAACCAUCAAGGAGCAGAAAGAACAGGCACCUAAAAGAAUCCGGCGAACAAAAGCCAAUGUGGAGGAGGUGCAGAAGGGCAAGAAGAGAGAGAGAGAACCAGCAAAAGCCCAUCAACAGAAAGGGACUGAUGAUGACGGAGGAAAAGCAGCAAAAAGGAAAAAGAGGAUGACCACCAGGGAGGAGAAAAGCUUGCCUAGUGCCAGAGCUGAAAGUGAGAAGGACAAGAAGAAAAAGAGAGAAGCUGCAGAAGGUAAAGAGAACCAGUCUUGACAUUAAGUUAUUGCUGAAUUGAUUCUGUAACUAACCCUUUCCUAAACAAUUUAAUUGC